CGAUGCUGGGACUCCGGGAGGAGGCGAGUCUUCUCGCGCCGGCAGCAGCGAGCCUGUCUGAGCAGCCGCGGAAGUCUCCCCCCGCAUCGGCCGGUCGCCGCCGCCGCCGUGAUCAGUGGUCAACGUCGGCACAGUUCAGACGAGGAGGAGGAGGACGUCGUCUCGGGCGACCGCGGGGUGGUGGGGGCGCGCCGCGCCGUCGCCCUCCCUCCGGGUGGUGGUGACGGUGGGGGAAGAACAAGUCGUCGUCUUCGCGGCGGGCUCCCUGCGUGUCCUGGACGACGUGGUGUGUGAUGGCCGUCGGCCCGUCGAAGUCGUCGUCGGAUCGUCAUCGGCGGGACGCCGGACGCCGCCUUCUGCGUGAUGCGCGCCGAUGAGACUCACGAUGACGUCGUCCCGCCGCGGGGUGCCCCUCGUUCAGAGCCCGACUCGUCGUCGGCGUCGUCGGAGACGUCGGCGUCCGCCGUGUCGUCUUCGUCGGCGGAGGAAGAAGACGAAGCCGCGGCCGCCGCCGCCGCCGUGAUCUCGUCGUCGCCGUCGCCAUCGCCGUCGCCGUCGUCGACCCCGUCGUCGUCGUCGUCCUCCUGUUCGGCCGGCGCUGCCGGCGCCGGCGUCCCAGGCGAAGAGGACCUGCCUUACCCGGGAUUUGUGCCCGUCGCGCUGUACUACUUCCACCAGGACAAGCCGCCACGGUCCUGGUGCCUGCGACUGGUCACCAACCCGUGGUUCGAGCGGGUGAGCAUGCUGGUGAUCCUGCUCAACUGCGUCACUCUCGGCAUGUACCAGCCGUGCGCGGACGACGGCUGCCACUCGGCGCGCUGCCGCCUGCUGCAGGUGUUCGACGACCUCAUAUUCGCUUUCUUCGCCAUCGAGAUGACCAUCAAGGUACUCGCCAUGGGGCUGCUCGGCCGCAGCGCGUACCUGGCCGAGGCCUGGAACCGCCUGGACUUCUUCAUCGUCAUCGCCGGUGCCCUGGAGUACGUGCUGGACGUGGGUAACAUCAACCUGUCGGCGAUCCGCACCAUUCGCGUGCUGCGGCCCCUGCGAGCCAUCAACCGCAUCCCGAGCAUGCGGAUCCUGGUGAUGCUGCUGCUGGACACACUGCCCAUGUUGGGCAACGUGCUGCUCCUCUGCUUCUUCGUCUUCUUCAUCUUCGGCAUCGUCGGUGUCCAGCUGUGGGCGGGCCUGCUGCGGCAGAGAUGCUACCUCGUACUGCCCGACGACAACAUCUCCAUACCGAGUCCAAUCUCGUCGUACUACCAGGGUCUGGACGCCGAGAAGGACUUCAUCUGCAGCACGGAAAAGGACAACGGAAUGCACCGGUGCAGUGGCCUGCCCCAGCUCGUCCUGCCCUCGGGGCUAAUGUGCAAUGCGUCGGCGCAGCCGCACAGCGCCAACGCACCCACCAAUGCGUCCUGCGUCAACUGGAACCAGUACUACACCAAUUGCACGGCGGGGGACAAGAACCCCUUCCAGGGGUCCAUCUCCUUCGACAAUAUCGGCCUAGCCUGGGUCGCCAUCUUCUUGGUGAUCAGCCUGGAGGGCUGGUCCGACAUCAUGUACUAUGUACAGGACGCACAUUCCUUCUGGGACUGGAUCUAUUUUGUGCUGCUGAUUGUGAUCGGAUCCUUCUUCAUGAUCAACCUGUGCCUGGUCGUCAUCGCGACGCAGUUCUCGGAGACCAAGAAACGCGAGAUGGAGCGCAUGCGCAUGGAGCGCGCCCGCUACCACUCCAGUUCGACGCUCGCCUCGACGUCCGUCUCCGAUUCCGGCUGCUACACGCAGAUCAUCAAGUACCUCACGCAUCUCGGCCGGAGGGCCAAACGGAGGUUUUUACGGUGGUACAGGCGGCGGAAGCGUCGCCGGGCCCUUCCACGCAGCCACCCAGAGGCGCAGCUAGCGGGACUGGAAGGAACCAUCUCUCCGGUAUCCGCCAUGCGCGGUAUCCGCACCCAUUCGUCCCGACACCAUGCAGACGACGGGUGCCCUCUGGAGGAAUGCCACAGUCACUGCUCGUCUGAGUCUGGCUCCUCCUGUUCGUCGUCUCCCGCUUUGUCGGCGGCGGCGCUGCCGGCGCUGUUCGAGGAGGCAUGCGACGAGGCCGCCGCGACUGAGUGCUGCCACAUGCUGGCCGUGCCGCCGCACGCCAGUCCCGAGGUCUCGGACGUCGACCUAGCCGCGUCGCCCAGGAGGCCCUCCUGCCUCAGGGUCAACGCCGGCAACUCCAGCAACAGCGCACCAGGGCCGUGCACACCGCCGGUGCUGACUGAGCAGCCCGGUUCCACGAGGGCUUGCUCGGGGAAGAGCGUCUCCCUCCAAGCGCCGAUGACGCCCGAGGGCAGCAGCGAGCUGCGACCGCUCGGUUCGGUCGCUAGCGGUUCUUCGUCGUCCCACCACCUGCCGACGACGGCCGGCGGCGGCGCCACGUUGACUUGCGCCGAGCUGCUCGCCUUCAGCGGCGCCCAGAGCGCCGCGCUGGCAGCGAGCUUUGCCAGCAACUUUGCCAUGCACCGGUUCUACUCUACACUCAGUAAAGGUACGAAGCAUUACUCAGCACCGCAACUGACCUUUCAUUCCCACGGGGGAUCGCGUCACCGGCGCGCCAACGACUCUCCGUCCCCGUCAUCGGGUUCAUCGUCGGCUUCCUCCUCCUCCUCCUCAUCUUCGUGCUCGCGACACCACCAUCGCCAUCGGCACCACCAGCACGACGACGAGAACGCGUCGUACUCGUCCGCGAGCUGGGACGAGGACGAGGAAGACUCGUGGUACUCCGAGUACGAGGACGAGCUCUCUGGCAGCGGUACGACCCGGGUUCGAUACCGGGGCCCCUGCUGCCGCUUCUGGAAAGCGCGCCAGGCCCAGCUCAGGCGCCUGGUGGGGCACCAGUACUUCCAGAGGGGCAUCCUCACUGCCAUCCUAGUCAACACGCUCAGCAUGGGCAUAGAAUACCAUGAUCAGCCACAAGAAUUGACCCUGGCUGUGGAAAUCAGCAACCUCAUCUUCACAGGCAUCUUCGGCCUGGAAAUGUUGCUCAAAAUUCUUGCUGAGGGAUUCAUGUCUUACAUCAGCAGCGGGUUCAAUCUCUUCGAUGGUGUCAUUGUCAUCCUUAGCAUAGUGGAGCUCUGCCAGAGCAGUGGAAGUGGUCUAUCGGUGCUGCGGACGUUUCGACUUUUGCGGAUCCUCAAGCUCGUCCGGUUUAUGCCGGCGCUGCGACGACAACUCUUCAUCAUGCUGCGGACAAUGGACAACGUGGCCGUGUUCUUCGCUCUUCUGAUAUUGUUUAUUUUCAUCUUUAGCUGCUUGGGGAUGCAUUUGUUCGGCGGUAAGUUUUGCGUGCGGAUGGACGAGGCGACGCUUUGCACGUGCUCCGACCUGUACAACCCAGCCGUCAAGUGCUUCUGCGACCGGAAGCAUUUCAACACUUUCCUAUGGGCUACGGUCACCGUGUUUCAGAUCCUGACUCAGGAGGACUGGAACGUUGUGCUGUUCAACGGCAUGGAGAAGACCUCUCCUUGGGCUGCCCUGUACUUUGUGGCGCUCAUGACGUUCGGGAACUAUGUCCUGUUCAAUCUUCUCGUUGCUAUCCUCGUCGAAGGAUUCUCAGCCGAGGGUGACCGCAAGAAGAGCAUGGAGGCUUUAAAGGACACUGCUGACACAGAGGCAGACGGCAAUAAAAAGUGCGCCUCACAGGACGCUGAAGAUGACCCAAAGGACAACAUCAUGAAAGAGACGCGAAUGUUGUCCCAGCCGGCAGCGUGCGGUUGUAAGACAGACGGAAAUGACGAGCCGGGACCCUUACCAUACGUGCCACCAAUCAUCACAAGAACGGCAGCUACUCCCCAGGGCUCCCCAUGUGCAACUUUGGAGAUGCCUUCGCGGGAGUUUGGCAACCGACUGUCGCCACUUACAGCGUUGCAUAUGCUGCCUUCAUCGUCAUCUCACUCAUCUGAGACAUCUGGACGAAUCACGCCCUCUCCGAUUCCGACACCGAGGCUUUCCCGCUCCCCGAGCAAUCGCAGCUCAUCCAGCGGGACGGCCCCCACGGGGGCCGGGGCAGCUCUGUUGCCCGUGCCACGACCAGCCAGCGGCUUCGUUCGCAACGACGUACCCAGUCCGAGCAACGGGCGCCGUCGUAGGCGCAGCUGCGUUAGUCCAGCCCCUCCCUUGGCACGCAGGGGCUCCCCUCCACCGUCGCCUCCCGGCAGCCCUCUAAUCAAACUCCACCGCCAGGGAAGCGGGGCAGCGAACGGUGGUCGGCGUCGGUCCUCGGCCGACUCUGACACGGACUCCCUGCUGGACGCCGAGCUGCCCGGUUUUCAGGACUCGUCCUGCCUGCUGGUGGUCUCACCGCCGCUCAACAAUGUGAUCGUCAGUCAGAACGGUGGCGGAAGUGCAUCGGCCUCUGACCACAGUCACUGCAAUGGCGGUGUGCUCCCGGGCCUGAAUAACGGCGCAAAUGGCGCAUCAGUCAACAGCAACAACCACCACAGCAACAAUAGCGUCCACCGACCAUCUAGCCUACCCAAGCGCCCCAAUGUACUCACCAAGCAGAACAACAUGGCAGCUGCUGGCUGCACGAGCGCGUCACCUCGAAACCACGACACUGUCGACGAGCGGGCAGAGGCGGCGGCUUAUCUGGCCCAACCACCCACCGUCAUCACCACCGACUCCGGUGGACGACCGACGUACAUGCCGCUUAGUCGGCAGAACUCCAUACAGAGCCAACAUGGAGGAGGAGGCAGUGCCAGUGUCUUGGCCAGUCGCCACAACUCGCUAAGUGGCUCGGGAAUCUCCUAUGCCGAGACGAGGCACAACUCGCUACUCGUAAAACCCAGCGGCAAGAAAAUAAGCACAGAAAGUGGCGCAGUGCUUCACGUCAAAGUGGACAACGCAGCCGCAGCUGCGGCAACUCUUGUCUACGGAGAGCGUGUCGUCAAUGUACCCAAGCUGUGCUGGUAUUUUGAGCCUCCGUGGUGGAGGUGGUGCUUCGAAAAUCGUCAGGACUAUGCACUAUUUCUAUUCCCACCGGACAGCAAGGUUCGAAUGUACUGCAAUCGGCUGACGGACGGCCGAUGGUUUGACUACACGGUGCUGGUUUUUAUCGCACUGAACUGCAUAACACUAGCCAUGGAGCGGCCAAACAUUCCCCCACGCAGCCUCGAGCGGGAGCUGCUCAUAGCUGCAAAUUAUACCUUCACUGUUGUAUUUGCCUUCGAGAUGCUUGUCAAGGUGAUUGCCAAGGGCCUCUGGUACGGGGACAAGGCGUACUUCAAGAGCGGCUGGAACAAGAUGGACGGAGUGCUAGUCACCAUCUCCCUCGUCGACUUCCUCCUCACCUUUGUUGCCGACGGAAGCCCCCGCAUAUUUGGCAUCCUUCGCGUCUUCAGGCUGCUCCGCUCACUCAGACCCCUCAGGGUUAUCAACCGUGCACCAGGACUCAAGCUGGUGGUCCAGACCCUCAUGUCUUCCCUGAGGCCUAUCGGGAACAUUGUCCUAAUCUGCUGCACUUUCUUCAUCAUCUUUGGAAUCCUUGGAGUCCAGCUGUUCAAGGGCUCUUUUUACUUCUGCGAAGGGCCGGAUGUGAAAGGUGUGCGCACAAAACAAGACUGCCUGGAGAGGGGCAUGGUGUGGACAAACAGAAAAUACAACUUCGACCAUCUGGGCCAGGCACUCAUGGCCCUGUUUGUCCUGUCUUCAAAAGACGGCUGGGUAAACAUCAUGUAUUCAGGAUUGGAUGCCGUCGGAGAAGGCAUACAGCCCGUCGAGAACUACAACGAGUGGCGGCUGCUGUACUUCAUCUCGUUCCUCCUCCUGGUGGCCUUCUUUGUGCUGAACAUGUUUGUGGGCGUCGUGGUGGAGAACUUCCACCGCUGCCGCGAGGAACAAGAACGGGAGGAGCGGGCCCAGCGCGCCGCAAAGAGGGCUCGCAAGCUGGAGAAGAAGCGACGACGCAUGCGCGAGACGCCCUACUACGCGGGCUACUCGCGCCCUCGCCUCUUCACCCACAAUAUUGUCACCAGCAAGUACUUUGACCUCGCCAUCGCCGCCGUCAUCGGACUCAACGUGGUCACCAUGGCCAUGGAGUUCUACCGCAUGCCCCUGGAACUGGAGUAUGCCUUGAAGAUCUUCAACUAUUUUUUCACCGCCGUUUUCCUGCUUGAACUUUCUAUGAAAGUGGUUGCACUUGGCAUCCCCCGGUACCUCACUGACAAGUGGAACCAACUGGACAUUUUGAUCGUCAUCCUGUCCAUCAUGGGGAUCGUCCUGGAGGAGAUGAAGUCAGACCUGAUUCCCAUCAACCCGACCAUCAUACGUGUCAUGCGUGUGCUUCGAAUUGCCCGAGUGCUGAAACUACUGAAGAUGGCCAAGGGAAUCCGUGCUUUGCUGGAUACCGUGAUGCAAGCGCUUCCGCAGGUCGGAAACCUCGGCCUUCUCUUCUUCCUCCUAUUCUUCAUCUUCGCUGCACUCGGCGUCGAGCUCUUUGGCAGGCUCGAGUGCGACGAAAGUCACCCAUGUCAGGGCCUUGGAGAGCAUGCCCAUUUCCACAACUUUGGAAUGGCCUUCCUCACCUUGUUCAGAGUCGCUACAGGAGACAACUGGAAUGGCAUCAUGAAGGACACGUUGCGGGACGAGUGUGACUCAAGGAGCGACUGCGUGCGCAACUGCUGCGUCUCGGCAGUGAUUGCACCGCUGUACUUUGUGGUGUUUGUGUUGAUGGCACAGUUUGUGCUGGUGAACGUAGUGGUGGCGGUGCUCAUGAAGCACCUGGAAGAGUCUCACAAGCAAGCCGACGACGAGCUGGACAUGGAAGCUGAACUCCAGGAGGAGAUCGAACAGGAGGAGAGGCAGCUCCUCGAGGCCAAGAACAAGCUGGCAAUGGAAGCCAAAUUCGAGUUCCACAGGCCCAUCGUGAAGAUGUCAUCAUUGCCAGCCAAUUUCACAUUCUAUUUCCAGUGUGAUGAUGCUGGUGGCGAGUCCACGUCAUCAACGCUACCGGUAAUCAACAUCUGCAUUCCAGACCAACCGGACGUCAUGUCCAGAGAAAAGAGCUUCUCAUCAUCAUCAUCCUCAGGAGUCGGACCUGAAGACAUCGAUGUCACCGACGUUGCGCUUGCCUGUGUUGAACCAAUGGCUCCUCCGCCUGACGUCAACCUUCGACGCGCAUCACCCGACAGCGGAUCAACCGAAAAAGUGGCCGUUGCAGACUUGCGAUCGUGUGCCCUAGAGCCUGAAAACCUGCAAAUGACCACGCCGACCGAAGGGGAAGGUCCGGACGAGGCACAGGGAACUGCAGAGCCGGGGUCUAGCGACUCCGCUGAAUCUGAACGGUUUGCUGCGGAGCCUCCGCAGACGUCGAGGUCCACCUUGACUGGUGGAAGCACAUCGCCUUCGGGUUCCGACGAAGACUCGGAGACGACAAGCACAUCGACAUCCAAGCUUCGCUACCUGCUCCCAAAUUAUCCCGAACUGAGCAAGGCGGUCGACCCCGACUCGAGUGAGUCGACGUCUUGGACGUUUUCAGCCGAGUUUCCGUCGUCUUUGCGAACGACAGUGGGUGCCGACGCAACUGACGACGAGGACGACGACGCCGACGCCCGAACGCCAACGACCACAGCGACCGCUGCCGGCGACGCGACGACUGUGGCGCCCGUUGUUGUCGCCGAGGAGAACAAUGGUGACCUUGUUGGAGUCCAGCCCGGCAGUGACUCCGUGUCGUGACCGUGGCAUAGCGUCACCUCUUAGAACCAGUUGUAAUUCUCUCGUGCCGUGUGAAGAGAAGUCCCUGCUGAGCCGCCUGCUAGAGUGGCAAAGGGAUAUGUCUCCGAGGAGGACGCCGCGUGCGGCGGGAUUUCUGCAGGAGGACACCUUCACAGCACACUUACUGUCCCCAGCACAGCGCUCUCGGUACUGUUUGUUUUGUCAACUACGACGCUUGCUCCUCCUGCGUGGGUGAAAGUGGGGGCACGUGGCUGUCGGGCCACGCUACAAGCCCGGCUUGAUGCUCCGUGCAAAAACCUCGAAAGAGAGAGACUCUUAAGCCGAGCUCGUGUCCCACUAUCAACAUACUUUGUUUCCAUAGUUUUUUUUUUUUCCUUCAGAACCGUUUGCUGACCAAGAUGCAUGUGAGAGGCGAAUGAAUGAGCCACGCGAGGUGCCUGCCAAUGUUAACCUCGUUUCUACUGUUUUGUUUGUUUGUUCGUUUGACUGUUGUUUAUUGUGAGCUGUGAUGACACGGAAAUUUCUGUCCAGCUGAUCGGUGGCAUAUUUUUUUUUUCUCCGGUUGCGAUCUUUCAGCUCGUAUUGUCGUAGUCGCACGUUCGGAGCCCUGCUUGUUUCGUGCCACAAGAUUUUUUUUUCUUUUCGCAGCCGCCUGACUUGUAUCAAGAUGCAUUUGCCCGAAGGCCCAACUGUCACGGCAGUUUUCGUACAAAGAACGCGCGAUGUUUCGUUCGCUCGAUUUAGAAACUGGCCGACACCUCAUUUCCGCCGCACCACUGAAGGGUUAAUGGUUUCUUAGAAACAAAAUUCGGGUCGCAUCUUACGUCGCACUGGGUUUACAACUCUGUUGUCAACUCUUGUCGCACUACUCAGCUUCACCUUUUAGGAACUGUUCUAUAAACUGCUAUGUGUUUCUUCUGCUCAAAUAUGAAUGGUAAAUAAUAGGCCUUCAGUCGAUCUUGUUGUGAGCUAGACGGUGUCUUGCUCCUUAGAACAAAGCCUGAAGAAAUAUUGUUAGUCAUUCUGGUUUCCGUGCUCCUUUCGGUAGAGGAGUGGCAAAAAGAAAAGUGAAUGACGACACUGUAGAGCCACCAGAAGGAGGAGAAGCAGGUGUGCUUAGAUUAAACCCUGCGUGUUGAAGCCGCUCGUAUUUUUUCACAACCCGAGUUGUUAAACCAGCCCACAUGUGCCAUGUUAGCGAGAGACGACUCACUGGGUCAAAAAUAUAUGUUUCUGCCAAUCUAAGGUAAGGCUAGUCCCGAGAAUGGUGCUGACCUUGCCUUUGCAUCAUACUCACCAGCAAUCAUUUAUAUAUAUAUAUAAAUAUAUAGUAUCUAUGGUCUUUUGUUUUUUUAAUAGCGUGGAAUUAACUCGUACUUUAAUGUUUUAGUGAGAUGCUGAAUUACGUACGUUAAUCAAGGAUACGAAAAACACUAGGCAGUUUUAUAAAUGUUGCCGUUCGUUUGCCCCGGUAGCAAACGGUGCACUCGUGUUGGUAGUCUGCCUGCAUCGCAAAUGGUAGAACGCCCCGUGUACAGUAGACAAGAAGUAUCUUGUUUCAAAUAAUCUGAUGGCCACGUUUUGAGUACCGCCCGUACGUUCGAGUACGCUCGAGCCGUUCGGGUCCGACUGAAUGACUGUUUCCACACAAGGCUAGAGAAACUUUCACUGGGUCGUGGUUUGCCUAAGCAGGAGUCACCGCGUUGUUUAAUGUGUACGUAAAACGGAAUCGCAGCAGCAGCAGCAGCAGCAGAAGUCAUAAAAAUAUAGUUUUCAAAAUCUCGACACCUCUGUCGAGUGCUGUAGCUCUAUUGAGCGCCGCAGAUCGAAAAAAAAAAAAAAGCUCUGCUGACUCGUACGAUGUCGUACAUGGUUUUAACGUGUUGUUGUUUAACGGUGUUCAGUCAUGCACUCAACAAUCGAACGAAUGGCGAGCUCUCUCAGCACUGAACUUUGCCCGCAGAAUAUUGCCAUCGCUCGAUUGGGCAACGUCUCUAAGGCUCAAAGAAAAGUCGGGCAUGCUAGCGCAGCUGUGAGACCAAAUGCUGAGACCUCGAUCUCGCGAUUUUGCGGAAGCCCUGCUAACUUGAACAUUUUCAGUGUUUAUUAUUCUCUUUUUUUUCUUUUAACUUAGAAAUGCUCUGGCAGUUGUAGUUUGCUUGCAAUCAAUACAUUUGAUACCGGAAUUCAGGAAUUUCCAAAAAUUAUUAUUUAUAUUGGUUCGACGAAUUCACUCUCUCUCUCAAGUUUGCGUUCGCUAGCCGUAAAAAAAAAACACAGGAGAAAAGCAGUGCACAAAAAUGUUGACAAAUGACUGUGCCAAUUUAUUCUUUCCCUUCUUUUCGAAGAACAACAAUCUAGCGACUUCGUCGACGUCAAACAAAAUUAGUUUUUAGAAGACCAGCCACCGUCAUAUCUCCGUGAAACCAAGGUGCCAUUCUCUGGGUCCCUCCGUUGCUAGGCUCCAUACAGCAGCAUUAUUUCCAACUCCAAACCCAAGUUGGCCAUACCGCGACGACUAAAAAAAAAAAAAAAAAAGAUACGCUGCACACUUUGUAUAAAUCCGCCUCAUGCGCACCCACAUGCACACAGUCCGGAUGCCACACCGACACUUUCGUAAUCUUCUUCACCGUGUAACCGCGCGCGCAGGCAAGUGAAAGCGACAUCCAGCCACAGACUUUAAAACGAGUUGUACGCUAGAUCUUCUUAUCGUGUAAAUUCUGUAAGAAAAAAAAAACGAGAGGAACUCUCCCCCCGCCUCAUCGGAGCAAAGGUGCAUGUAGAGUCUCUAGAAGUUUGAUAUAAAAUGCUGAGUACGCUACAAAAAAAAAAACUGCAAACGCAAAGAAAUCUUAUGAUUGCUGUAAACGAAACAUUGUGAAACCCCCUCCUCUUGCAAAGGCUUAUAUGUGUCUCCGUAGCGAUGAUGGAAAGAGAGAGAAAAAAAACACGCAUCUUCAAUAGUUUCAUUUGUGCUGUUGUUGUUAUAACGAGCAUUUGCUGCGUCCCACAGUGCUGUGUUUGGGUGACUCGAAACGCAGAAGGAGAAGAUAUGCAAGCCAAGGCCACAGAGCGAAGUCGCUUCCUAAAGUGGGAAGAGAUUCCCGGAAAGGACAUUCUUUCUUUUUUGUUGUUGUUGUUGUUGUUGUUUUCCCCUUUCCUCUCCUGCUGGGCUCAGCAAAAAAAACCACGUGUGUCGUGCACUUUCGCGCUGUCGUCGCUUGCGUGUUGUUGCCUUCCUCAGUUGUCGCUGCUGCCGUCACCAGAGGGCGCCGACGCUACGCUUUUCACCGCAUAUCCUGAAGUCGCAAAACGUAUGCGUUCGGGGUUAUCAACCAGGCUUGACCCCUGCAAAGCAUUGCGAAGGAAAGCGGCUUCCUGAAUUUCCGACGCAAACGAAGCGCGCACCACCCCCACCCGCCUUCCUUCCAGGCAUUCUUUCUUUUCCUCUCCGAGUGUGCGAGUGUCCUGCAAAGCGUACUCGUGAGCAAGGAUUGUUUCACGUGGCAUGUACAAUUGGCGGUGCUUUCUGCGGUAUAGUUUGCUUCGCUGGCCGACUGCGGUACCGUUGUUCUAUGUGUGUAUCCACACGAUUGUGGUCUGUCGCGACAUGCCUAUACCGAUCCUCAUGCGAGUUCCAUCUUUGUCAGUUGUUAAAAGUGACGUAGAAGUGAAGUUUAUGCUGUUAUGCUGUAUGAACUGAACGGUGGGUGCCCACAAAGCACACGGAUAGAUGUAAAAUACCACAGGAGGCACAGAGGUUGUGUGCUCUCAUAUGCCCUUUCCGAGAUGUUUUCUGCGUGUCACCCUAAAACAAUACGUUAGAACUUUUGAGCAAGAAGAGAAACGGACAUUGAAACACAGCUGAAACGUUUACUGCAACCGAAACUGCGAGCGAAACCAAAUGCAGCCGAAAUCGAAAAAUCAACAACGCGUGCUUGUCGUCCUUGACUAGUUCGCGUUUGAAGUCAUGCGGACAGUACAUUCUCUCAGGCCUGUAUGCUAAGCAGGUUAAAGUUCGUAAGUGUGAUCGAGCUCUAUUCAGACUUAAGCCGAGCGUUCUGUUGUCAAAAGCGUUGUCUCUUGUUCGCUAAAGUUCUCUGAUGCAUCUUGUUUUCCAUCGUCAAAACAACCUGACCUUCUAAGUGUGUAAAGACAUGCCUCAGGCCAACGUAGCCUCUCUUUGUUGGCACCAAUGACACAUCUCCUUGGGACCACUCCAUCAUUUCUCGCACGUUUCAGUUGGUGUCGUUGGAGAGCUUCAAAACCACGAGCCUCCCUGAACACCACACGGCCACUUUUUCGGGCUUUGCUACGUGAUGCUAGAAUUCCCUCGUGCCUCAUACAAUUUCAUAGCUCGAACAUCAUUACCAGCUGCCAUGUUUUCAUUGGGCUGUCAAGUCACAGCAGCGUUGCAUGCAAAGUUCUUUUUUUUUUCUUUCAGGCCAUCGCUAUUUCUACAAACCACGUCAUUGUAAUGCCCCAGCUGUUAAGCUUUCUCCAACUAUGUGCUGUUGAGUGUCAAGUUAAUUCUUGCCAGUUCAGUCGAGCACCUUACGAAGACGAAGGCAUUGGACUUAAGUAUGAUCGACUCAUGCUCAUUCAAACUGCUAGGGGCCACAGAUUUCUCUUAGAACCAAUUGAGCUUGGUUGAAAUUGAAAUAAAAUUACAAACUAUAAUACGAUUAGACAGGUAGUGCAUGUUUGUCCCUUGUCAUCGUUACUUUAAAUAGACACAGAUGUGGACGUACAGCCGACUGGUUCUUUAGGGCACACAUCAUUUAAUAUCUGGCAUUAGGCUGGAUCGCUGGCGCCCUCUUGUAGUCGCGCCCACCAGUGUAUACAACCUGAAUAUCAAGCGCGGGCACAUUACUAUUCAUGCCUUACGAAUGCCUUCCUCUAUUCCACCAUUUUCAGCAGCAUUGUUAUGACCAGGGAUAAAGAAAAUGCACGAAACGAAAUCAUUGUUGGAAUUACGCAACUUAAAUAUGCAUUAAAAACAAAAAAGGCCGACCAGUAUUUUGAUAAUUGUUCAAGUUAACCAGUAUUUUGAAUCGCCACUAGAGGGUUGUAAAUAAAACACAUAAAAUGUACGCUGAUUUCACCCAAAAAAGAUGACAUGUGGAUGUUUUUUUUUUUCUAUAAUUCUGGCUUCUUUUUUUUUCCUAUGGAACAAAGGAUCCAGUGCAAGUAAGUAGAGUUGCUGAGCACAAUGCAGGGUACUUUCCUGCAAGAGACAGUGUGCUGCCAGUUUUCACGCAGCUCAUUGCUAUGCAACACUGGUGUGCGAAUUGUCACAAGUUGUGUGCAUCGGACACACACCUCCGGGAGUUUAGCAGGUGCUUUGAAUCGCAUUUUAGCUGUUGCACGCCAUUGUAUAGCCAGACCUCUACUUCUCUGAAAUCUUGAAAUAACUCUUGUCGGAACUGUUCUGUCACAGCCCUCCCGUUGUUUGCAUUUGUUCACUGCCUAUCCCCAACUGUGAUGUUCAAUAUGUGUGCAGUCUUGCUGCAACUAAAAAUCGUUUGAUGACUCUUGUGUGUCGUCACUUAUAAACAAGCAGACCUAUCUUGCAAGCGCAGCUGCCCAGCGAAAGUCAUAAACUGAUAGCCGUCACUUUCUUUUCACAUGUAUUCGAAUGUUUGUUCCUGAGCACUAGUAAAAAAUCGCUAAGUUUCCGAGGUUCGCUUCUCCAGCAGUGGUGUAGCGAACGCCAAGGAACCACGUAGACGUAUUGUACUUUUACUUUGAAACCCGCCGUGACACGGCAUCGCCAUUUCUGCAAGUUGCGUUUCGUGAAUGCCUUGUUUGUUGUGUUGAUCUGCAUUUGCUUGGUGUUACCAAACCCAUAUCUGUCUGCAGACACUGCGUUUUCGUUAUGGCAAUUGAAUUUUUGUGCGACUGGCCAAACUGUUCAUAAAGGAGACGUGCACUCGCUAUGUACAACUCGGGGGCUGUAUUCUGAUCUUCAUCCCUGCGGAGACUAUCCUCCAGAAGUGUGCUCCGAUUGGCUGGCGUAGCAGAGGUAAUAGAGCCCAUUCACGACGUAUAGCGAAAACCGUAAAUAUGCAUACCACGCUUUUCGUCACCGUCUCUCUGUAAUACAUUUGCUCUGCUGACAAGUGCGUGAAUAUAUAUUCAUAAAAUGCCAAGAAAUUGUUCAUAGCAGAAUAGAAGUUAGGAUGAACAGUGCUAGAAUCACUCUUACAGCUGUAGCUCCUACACAACUGUAGUGAGCCUACUUUCUAAUGACAAGACAGGUGUUCACAGGACGGUGGAGACGAUGUGAUAAACAGUGGUUGAACAAGAGAGGUCACUGCAGCCAACGCUUCGACAAAAGGACUUGUCUUUGUCAGGGCCCCUGACAAAUACUAGCCCACUUGUAUCACUUCCAGGGAUAUUCCUUGUUUGACCACUGUUGAUUACCUACCAAUGACGUGUUUCGUUACAGAAGUUUCUAGAAGACGCUCCCGUAGAAGUUCUACAAAUAUUCAAUCUGAGGCACUAGUUCAUUAACAGAUCCCAGAGUUUGUAGGACGUACCAGUGCCAUUGACGGCCACUGCUCACACACUUAUCGUUACGUCUGAACCGAUCGAUCUACUUUCAGUGCUUAAGCCAAUCAGACUGCUAACUGGCAGCCUCCCGGAGGUGGGGAUCAGAAUGCCGUUCCCUGGCAUUUGUACAGAAGCAGCAGCACAGAUUAGCUUCGUGUCGACUUGACAUAAAGCGCGGUAAAAACACGUGCUUGAAGUGCAGUUGAAAACACAACUGCGUUCGCAGACAACAGGAUGAUUGCGUGGAAUGUUUUGCUUUCACAUUUGCGUUCCAGCAUAUCGAAUCUCUGCGAAAUGUCAUAAGGCAAAGUGCAAUUCUACUUCUUGGCAACAACCAAAACCCUACCCUCCCCCAAAAAAUUAGGUCUUCUAUAUUACAAUUAACGGAGAGUGCACCGGUGACAUAUACUCUAGUCAGCGUGAUUGGGUGUGUGAAAUGCAGUGUUCUGUACAGGUUUUCACAUCCUCACGUACCGUUCCCAGUGUUCUUGCUUCGCUCCACAUACGUGUCACUCGACUAGCUUCUCUCGACACAGUUGCACACUGGAUAGGGUCACCCACUGUUGACUUGCCUUACUGCCUUUGGCCUAUUUGUCACGUACGUCUCGAAAAGUCGGGACGAUGUUUGCGAACCCUGUUCCAGAAUUCUCUCAGUGCUCCCUGCUUAUCAGCCGAGAUGUUCAGUUGCACACCGACAGACGACACGGCUAGGUAGAAGAAUGCUUGCACUCAGUUUCCGGCCUCCUCGAAGUAACGCGCUUGUUAAGUGCUGAAAACGGCAUCUUCUGUCAAGCCCGUUUCGCGGGGGUUAUGGUGAAGACAAACUUCAAGUGUGCCGGAAAUGGUUGAGAUAACGCUGUUGCUGGCCUUAAUAGUUGGUGGCCGAUUGUGGAAUACGCGUGUGGCUGAAGGUGUGACUCGCUCUGUGGCCGAAGCGAGUAAGCUGUGAUCCUGUUAAUUCAAAUGAGAAAUGUGUCGCUGGGGGAACAAGCCUUUUUUUUUCUUUUUGUUAUGUCAUUAUUAAAAUAACAAAUUCCACAAGCUCA